AUGGCAGAGCUUAACCAGUCAAAGCCCAUCACCACCCCCUUUCCAAAGUUCAAUCCCCAAGAUGUGGAGAUCUUCAUUCUAGAAGCUGAAGCAUGGUUUAAGUUCAACCAGGUGUAUGAGCAGUCUAGGAUGAUCAAUCACAUGGGUGCUCAACUGGAAGGGACUGCACAAGAGUGGUGGACCUCAAAGCUCCAUAUUGAUAGAGCUAGAGAAGGAAGGUUGUUCAAUGAUUGGCACUACUUCACAGAGCGACUGUCAGAGCAGUUCAACCCACACAAUGCUAGGAUGGAGGCAUACAACAAGCUGUUAGCUCUCAGACUCACAAGUGAUGCUCCUGGUGCUGCCACACAUCAUGUAGAGCAGUUCAGAGACUUGGAGGGACAGGUCAACCUAGAUGACAAUGAGCUAGUGAUUGAUCUCUUCAGAAGUAGUCUCACUUGCAGCAUACAGGAGAAGUUCGAGAGGAACCCACUAUCAGGGGUCUCGCGCCUGAAACCCAGGUCUGGUGUGGGUGUUGAUGAUGAUGAGGUUGAUGGUGUUGGUGAUGAGAUUGGUGAUGUCGAUGAUAAUGAGGUUGAUGGUGUUGAUGAUAAGAUUGGUGAUGUCAAUGAUAAUGAGGUUGAUGGUGUUGGUGAUAAGGUUGGUGGCGUCAACACGAGUGUCCAGUGUGUUGACUUGAUGCUUUGA